UACCUGUCGAGGUGAAGCCGCCACAAGGCGCCACUCCCGCGGUCGUCGUCGCCGCUGCGGUUGUUUUUCUCUACCUUAGCACUCAGCCAUGGCGGUUUGGAAUGCUUGUCUGCUUCUUCUCCUUCUUUGUUGUCUACACACAUGCUCGUGCGACGACACGGAAUCUCUGCGAGGCUGGACCGGCACCGAGACCAACAUGGGUCUUUGGGUGAGCAACCAGGUCCGGUCUGCUCUGAGCAGCGGGCUGACCACCGUCUUCCUUCCCGUGGUCUACAUUGUGGUGUUCGUGGUGGGCCUGCCGGCCAACGCCAUGGCCAUCUGGGUGUUCCUGUUCCGCACCAAGAAGAAGCACCCGUCGUCCAUCUACAUGGCCAACCUGGCACUGGCCGACCUGCUCUUCGUCAUCUGGGUCCCGCUGAAGAUAGCGUACCACUUCAAUGGCAACAACUGGAUCUACGGCGAGGGCCUGUGCAGGGUUCUGGUGGCCUUCUUCUACGGGAACAUGUACUGCUCCAUGGCGUUCAUCGCCUGCAUCAGCGUGCAGCGCUACUGGGCCGUGGUCCACCCGCUGGCCCAACGGCGGCGGGAGAACUGCAUGGCCUGCGCCGUCUGCACGAGUAUCUGGGCGGUGGUGUGGCUCCUCACCGUCCCGCUCUACCUGUACGACCAGCAGGUGCAAAUCGCCCAGCCCAACAUCGUCACCUGCCAUGACACCACUCGCCCGGGCCAGAAGAAGAUGGCGGCAGGCUACUUCCUGACCAUGUGCACCGUGGGCUUCGUGGUACCCGCCGUGGUGUGUGUGGUCUCCUACGUGCUCAUGCUGCGGACGCUCCGCAGCAGCAUGGCGGACCCGACCGUCGGCAAGCAGCGGCGCAAGGCGGUGGUGCUGAUCGUCACCGUUCUGCUGAUGUUCCUGGUGUGUUUCACGCCCAGCAACGUCAUGCUGCUGGUGCACUACGUGCUGCUGCUGAAUGAGGCCGAGAACAACCUGUACGGCUUCUACAUCACCACGCUGUGCCUGGCCAGCCUCAACAGCUGCAUCGACCCCUUCGUCUACUACUACAUCUCCGACGACUUCCGCCAGCACGUCAAGAACACCUUCCUGUGCCGCAGCGAGCGCACCGUGGAGCGCAUGAGGGUGUCCUUCAGCGCACUCAAGUUCUCCAAGAAGCAUAACACAUACACGUCCGAUUCCGGGGGCAACACGGGGAGCACGGAGUGUUAGUAUUAGCGCUGUUAGCAUGUUGUUCACUCUCUGCAGUUACUGCUUUUAAUGUGUGUGUGUGUGUGUGUGUGUGUGUGUGUGUGUGUGUGUGUGUGUGUGUAUGCAAAGUUUACUUCACAGUACUGCAACUUUUGUCAAUGGACCUUUUACGUGUUCUUUAUUUUGUUUUUAAUUUUUGUGGUUUUAAGUGUCCAGUGGCGUGGAAUGAAUCGGGUGUUUGCACCCCUUAACUGAUCAACCUGGAGAAUUCGUCCACUAUUGAGCCUUGAAGGUCACCGUAUUUCUCAUUUGCAUACGGUAGCAUAUGUAAAAAGCCACAUUUUUUAUGUUA